UUCUCAUGGCUCCAUGCAGAGCGUGGGGCAUGGUCGGGGGCAGGGACAGGAGGGACGGCUGCCUCAACAGCCGGGAGGGGGCCUUGAGCAGGGGCAGGUGCCAUACGGGAUGCAGGGACAAGAGCAGCCGCAGCAGGAGCAGGUACCAGGGCAGCAGCAGCGGCAGCAGGGACCAUGGCAGCAGCAGCAGCAACAGGGACCAGGGCAGCAGCAGCAGCAGCAACAGCAGCAACAGGGACCAGGGCAGCAGCAGCAGCAGCAACAGCAGCAACAGGGACCAGGGCAGCAGCAGCAGCAGCAACAGGGACCAGGGCAGCAGCAGCAGAAGCAACAGGGACCAGGGCAGCAGCAGCAGCAGCAACAGGGACCAGGGCAGCAGCAGCGGCAGGGGGGACCAGGGCAGCAGCAGCAGCAACGGGGACCAGGGCAGCAGCAGCUGCAGCAACAGCAGCAACGGGGACCAGGGCAGCAGCAGCAGCAGCAACAGCAGCAACAGGGACCAGGGCAGCAGCAGCUGCAGCAACAGCAGCAACGGGGACCAGGGCAGCAGCAGCUGCAGCAACAGCAGCAACAGGGACCAGGGCAGCAGCAGCUGCAGGGACCAGGGCAGCAGCAGCAGCAGCAGCAGCAGCAGAGACCAGGGCAGCAGAAUCCAGGGCAGCAGGGACAUGGGGGACCAGGGCAGCAUGGGGGCCGGCAACCAGGGCAGCGGCUGCAGCAGCAGCACAAGCAGCAGGGGAGGCAGGGGGGAGAGCAGACGCAGCACCAGCAGCAGGGGGGGCAGAGCAUGGGGGAGCAGGAGCAGCAACAUGAUCAAGAGCCACUGACUCAUCCGACCCAACAACCUGGAUAGCUGCAACGAAUAGCAUCCCC